GUACUGUCUCUUCGACUUACUCUCAGUAGAUCCUCAUUUAUAAUACGUGACCACCAUCAUGCGGCCAAAGACGUGACCUGAAUGCAUAAUCCUGGGAAGACUUUGUGCUGGCAGCUGCGUCGCUUUUUCAUAAACCCUAGUGUGUGUUGAUAAUAGGCUUUAGUUGUGUAAUUAUGCCUCAAGGCAUUGGUUCACUGGUCCCUGACGUGCUGAAGCCAGCGGUUGAGUGAGCAGCGGAACCCAUGCCGACUACGGUCAUUAUUGGAGCUGGCAUUAGCGGCUUGCAAUGUGCUACGGCGCUCUUGCGGCUUGGGCACACUGUGACACUCCUUGAGCGUGAGGAGGACGUAGGAGGCGUAUGGCUCCGCUAUACGGCAUUCAAUGUCCAAGUCCCCCGCGCCUUCUUUGCCCUCCCCGGCUUCGCCUGCCCCCCCGAGCUGGAGCCCGAGGAGUACCCCAGCGGCCGCUCGCUGCUGCGCUACAUCAUCGCCUACGCGCACAAAAACGACCUGUACCGCCACAUCGUCUUCCGCGCCCACGUCACCCGGCUGCACCGGCUGUCUGGGCAGUGGCAGUGCUUCUAUGACCUGGAGCGUGGGGUUGGGGGUGGUGGAGGGGGCGGAGGAGGUGGGGGUGGAGGGGGUUCAGGCCGGCGGGCGGAGGUGCUGCAGCAGCGCAUCACGGCGGACUUUGUGGUGGUGGCCACAGGGCUGCACUGCACGCCCAACAUGCCGGCGAUUGAGAGUCCGCAGCUGUUCCGCGGGCGGGUGCUUCACGUGCAGGACCUGCCGCAGGAGGCGGAGGAGCUGGAACGACAGAUGUCGGGUCGCCGCGUGGUGGUGAUCGGCGGCACCAAGACGGCGGUGGACUCCGUGGCGCGGGUGGCGGCGGCGGGGGCGCAGGGCGCGACCGUGGUGUACAGACAGGCCCACUGGCCCAUCUCCCGUCACCCGCUGCCCGGGCUGCACUUCACCCGGCUGCUGCACAGCCGCAUGUGCUCCGCCAUGCUGGACCCGUACUACGAUGAGGGGCUGCUGGGGCGGAGCAGGGGCUGGGUCACACGGCCGCUGCGGCGCCUGUUUUGGCGCACGCUGGAGCGCUCCCUGAUCAGGCAACACCAGCUGUCGGGCGACCUGCUGCCCACCAUGUCGCUGGACAAGGACCUGCUGAGCGGCGGACUGGUUCAUGACGGCAAGUGGGCGCAGUACCUGGCGGAGGGGAGCGUGCAUGCGAUCAAGGGCGAGCCCCUGCGGUACGCCCCCGACGGCCUCAUCCUCCGCAGCGGCACCUUCGUUCCCGCAGACGUGGUGAUCAUGGCGACAGGCCACCGCAAGGACUACUCCUUCAUCGACCCGGACAUCCUGUCCAAGCUGGGUGUGCAGCGGGACGGGCUGUACCUCUACCGCCACGUGCUGCCGCCGCUCGUGCGCAACAUCGCCUUCGUGGGGGCGGAGGCCAACAGUCAGAACAACCCGCUCACCAGCUUCCUGCAGACGGAGUGGCUGGCGGCGUGUCUGCAGGAGCGAGUGCGGUUGCCGCCCCCGCAUGAGAUGCUGAAGGACCUGCAGCGCCAAACCAGGUGGCAGCGGCAGAAGCUGCCUCCGCAGCCCGACCGCGCCUCCAUGAUCGGCAUUUACUCGCACCACUACCACGACCGCCUGCUGAAGGACAUGGGCCUGACACCUCGUCGCAAGCCAAACAUCUGGCGGGAAUUCUUUGAGCCGUACACCGCCGCCGACUACAGCAACCUGGCGGGGGAGCUGUACGGCGACCCACAUCACCCUCAACCGCAUCACAACCACCACAACCACCACCCCCACCACCGUUUAAAACUCAAACACAAGAAGCAACACAAGCUCAAGAAGGCCCAUAAGGCCCACCACAAGGACGGCGGCAAGGCCAGCAACGCCGUCGUACCGGUCUCCGCUGCGAGUGCAGUCGACGCCGCCGCCGGUGCCACGUCAGCAUCUGCAACGGCAGCGGCGGCGGCGGCGGGCUCAAUGGAGGUUUCCGCCGCGGCGACGGCGGCGCUGGCGCCUGAUGUGUACGACAUGGGGGCUGGUGAGGCGAGCGUUGGGUUUGGCAUGCCGCCGCUGGCUAAAAGAGUGGUGGUUUCCCGGCGCCAUGUGUCGGUGGAACUGGCGGACCGAGCGGGAUCAGCAGGAGCAGCGGCUGCGGCGGCUGCGGUGGGGGGACGGAGCACGCAUGAUGGGGACACGGCGGGCACGGAUACGGAGGGGCGAUGGGUGUCCGCUUCCGCCUCCAGCUCCGCUGCUCCCGAGUCCCACGGAGCAGCGGGCGGCCCCGCCUCCCUCGCACAGCUGAGCUCGGGGCAGCUCGUCACGUCGCUGUCCCAUGGGUCGCGAUCGGGCGGCGGCGCACUGGGUGUGCGGCACCUGGGCACGCUGUACGAGCAGGAGGGCGGCAGCGGGGGCGCCACGCAGCGGAGCAUGGAGGGCAGUCCCAAGACGCUAGAGACAUGUGCGUCCAUUCGUUCCGCCGCGGGGGGAGCCAGCCGCAUGGCCUCCUCGAGUGUCCUCCCGGGGCCGCACUACCCGCACUUGCCGCAUGCCUCCACCCCGCCCGACACGCCCCCGCACCCGCACAUUCCCCACCUCCUGUCGCCGUCGCCCUCGUACGGCGCGGCGUCGCGGCUGGGCGGCCGGUCGCCUGUGUACGUUCCGCCUAGCAGCGGAAGGUCAUGUUUGAUGGAUGCCGCUGCGCUUGCUCUGAUGGACGGCGUGGCGGGUGGAGCCCUUAUGGACAAACCACCCAAGGUACUCCAAGCCGAGCAGCAACAAAAGCAGCAACAGCAACAGCAACAACAGCAGGGUGCCAAGCGGGAGCAUUCCGCGUCAGGUUCUGCGUCGGGCUCAGCAUCCGGCUCAGCUCUCGAGUUACAGCGGCCGCGGAGCAGCGCCGGUACGGCCGGUACGGCGGUUGCGGCAGCUGCUGCUGCUGCUGCUGCGACGGCUACCGACGUUGUCGCGACUGUGCAGCCGCCUCCAGGAUCGGGGGCAGCGGCGGUGCUGGGGGCGGCGACGUCAGCCGGUGUGGGUGAGGGCUGCCAGGCGGGUGGUUCCGGGGCUACUGAGGUGGGGGUGAUGGCGGACCAUAACGCGGCGGUUGCGGCGGGGGCUGCCGCGGCGGCAGCAGCCACGGCGGGCGGUGCCGGGGACGGCGACGGCGCUGUUGUUGGUGGUAGUGGUGCCGCUGCUGGUGAGACCAGAGCGGCAGCAGGCAGUCCUGUGGCGCCUGCCGUACCAGCUGAGGAGGGGGCACCGCAGCAGCAGCUGCAGCCGUCACCACCAGCAGCCUCUGCGGACCCGGGCUGCAGCAGCUCCGGGAACGCAGCGAUGCCGCCAGCAACCGCAGCAGCAGCAGCAGCGGCGCAUCCUGGCAUGACGCAACCCGCCGGCCCCGCGUCGCCUCUGGGCUCAUCCCUGCAUGCCCAUACCUCGGCGCAUGCUUGCUUGCGGACGUUUUCGCAAAGUAGUGCUGCAUCGGGCUCUGCAUCGGUUCAGCGACCUCGUGCUGGGCCGCGGCGGGCAUCGGCUGGCUCCGCUGCCGCCUCGGCCGCACGGCGCGCCUCUGCCGGCUCCACCAUUGCUGACGAUGCUACCGUGUCUAGCAGGGAGUCCAGCGUGACCCAUGGGUCACAACCGCGCCGUCCGCGGACGCUGGUACAGCUUGUGACGACGCGUCAGCAACAGCAGAACGUUGCUAGCAGCAGCAGCGUUGGCGGCGGCGGCGGUGGUGGUUGCGGUGGUGGCGGCACCUCUCCCUCGCGCUUUCGAACCACGAGCAGUCCGCAGACGACUGGAGCUUCGGAGACGGUUGACGAAUCCGAUGACUUUGUGGGCACCCCGCCUAGCUGCUUCAACAGUCCGUUGGCGGAUGUUGUGUCGUCGCAAUCGCGGCAUUCCUCACACAAGUCCACAUCGCGUGGCAGUCAUCCAACAUCUGAUUACGACAUCGAAGAGGAGGAGGAGGAGGAGGACCUGGACGUUGGGGAUGCGGCGAGUGAGGAAGAUGAAGACGAGGCGUUCAUGUCAGGGCUAAUGAGCGGAACAAACGUCGCUGGCGCUCGUUCGCGCCUUUCUGAAGCCCAACCGCCGCCGGUUUUACUUGCAAGCAACAGCCUUGGCCGAAGCCGCUGCGGUUGCGGAGAGGACUCGACAGCAGCAACUGUAACCGCAACUGCUGCUGGCAAGGCGAAAUCAGGACCUUCUGGUAACGGCGGCGGCGGCGGCAACCAUGCUCACGACCACGCUCACAAUGACGGCGCACAUUGCCGUUGUGGCGGCGGCAGCAGCGACGGCGGCGAGGGGGAGCCCCCCGCUGCGACCAGUGAGCCGCUGGCGGUACGGCACGCCCCUGGCGAGGAUGAGGAGGCGCCGGGCGAGGACCAUGACGCGUUUGAUUUCGUGGCGGAUAUCGGGAGCUGCGGAGGAGGAGGAGGAGCAGGAGGAGGAGGAGGAGGAGAGGCGCCAGGGUCCAAGGCAACGGGAAACCCAGUGACGGCGGCGGCGAUGGCCGCGGCCACACUGCACCUCCCCCACCGCCCGACGCACCGCAUGGCCCCCCACCGCAACCUAAGUGUGGGGUCGCGCAUCUCGCUGGACUCAAUCCGGGAGACGGGACCCAUGGGUCGGCGAGCGCCCCGCACCAACGCAUCCUCUGGGUGCCUGGGCUCGGGUGUGGGCGGGCAGGGCUCGGCGUCGGGGGGCGCAAGUGCGCUGGACCGGUAUGCGGCUCGACUGGUGGCGGCUCCUACGUUUAGGAUGAACCUCUCGCACAUGGCGGACAUGAUACCGCAGAACCUCAAGCCCUCGCCCUCCCGCACUGCAGCCGGCCAGCACACCGGCAGUGGUGGCGGCGGCGGCAGCGGCGGCGCUGGUAGCGGCGGCGGCGCCUCCAUUCAUUCCGCGCCCCUUCGACCGCUGUUCCUGCAGCCCCCACAGUCCUCCGGCCAGCACCCCGCAGCCCACAACCCACACAGCACCCACUCCCAGUCCUUACAGUCCAUUCAGGCCCAUAUCAGUGGUGCAAGCACCAGUCGGCUGGGCGUCCAAAGACCCAUGGAGCUGCCCCCCGGUUUACUUGUCGGCGGCGGUUCCACUGAAGCGGGCGGCGGAGGCGGCGGAGGCACCACCUGGGACGGUGAGGGGUUUGUGAUGAUGGGCGACAUUGACGGCAAUGGCGACCAAACUGGCGGCGGCGGCGCCGCCGCCGACGACUCUGUCCCUCGGUCCACGACCAGCAACCUGAGCGCCAGUGGCGGCGGCGUCGGCGGCGGCGCCGACGGCAGCCGCCGCCCCACGACGACGGCGGGCAUUGUGAGUGAGGGGUUCAUGAAGCGCUCGAAUCCGCAAUGCGCCUCGCCGCAGGGCCGCGGCAGCAGCUCCGGAAAGCAUCAGCCGGCGUCGUCACAUGGGUGGUGGUCCACAGCUUCAGCUCGGGAGGACGGCAAUGCCAUGCCCAUGUCCCCUGCCGGAGGGGGCACCGGGUCCGGAGGCCUGGCUGGUCUGUCGAGCCCGAUACGGCUUUCUGGUAACGGUAACGGUAACGGUAGCACCAACGGUAACGCCAACGGAAGCAAGAUUGCGACGUCUCAGAGCGCCAGUAGCUGGGAUCUGACCUUCAAGCAGCUCUCGCGUGCUGUGGUGGCGCCUCCGCAGCGCAACUCCACUUUCCGUGCAGCCGUGGCCAGUCGCCGCAGCUUGCUGCUUGUCGACCGGGAGCGUCAGAACGAGGGAAGCAACGGGCCCAACUCAGCGGGUGGAAGCUUCUUUAACGCACGACGUGCGCUGGUCGAGGAGGCUGCGAACAACGGAGGCGGAGGCGCCGCGGCCGCCGCCGCCGUCAGUAGCGGAGGUACGGCGGCCGGCGGCGCUGGGAGCAGUGGCUUGUUUUCACUUCCCAGCGGUGGAGGGAGCAGCGGCGGGCUGCUCAUGCAGCUCGCGGGCAUGGCAAGCGCCGGAGGUGGUGGCGGAGGUGGCGGAGGUGGCAAUGGUACGGCAGCGGCAGGGAUGGUGGCCAGGAGUGACAGCAGCAUGGGUGGCAAGAACCUUCGGCUUCAGGUGCAGGUCAACGCCGCACCAGCAAACGCCGCCGCGCAUGACUCCGCCUUCCUCAUCAGUCCGGUUGGGAGUGUUCCGCAGGUCGCAGCGCAGCCGGAUGCCGCCGCGAUCCGGUCAUCAUGGGAGAGUGGAGCCGUGGGGCGUUCCUUCAAGCGCUUGGGUGGCAUGCUGGUGCCUUCGCACCAUUCCUUGACGUUGGGGCACUCCCAAAACAGCGCUAUAGCUCGGUCCUUGCCGUCUGUGGACGAGCAGGAUCGGGAUAAGGAGCGCGAGCGGGAGCGGGAGAAGGAAAGCUCCUCGGGCGGUGGUGGAGGGCUGGGAAGUGACGCCGGCAGCAGCAGUGCCGGCGCGGUUCGGCUGCUGAAACGCAUGAUCAGCAGCAAGCGGAAGAGCGGUGACGGCCGGUCGCCUAGUGCCGCCAUUCCGACAGUGGACGAGGAUAAGGAGGUGGUGGGGCCGCCGCCGGCGGGGGCACCGAACACCGUCGCCAGCGGCGUCAGCGGAGUUGGAGGCGGCAGCGGCGGCCCGGCGACACCUACGGAGGCGUCGAAUGGCUCGCUGGCGGCGGCGGUGCUCGGUCGCUCAACGUCGCGUCGGUCGGUUAACUACUUUGCGCACAGCGCGGUUUUGUCGUGCGAGGGUGUGUCGAUGACCACAUCCACACCCGGUAGCACGACUGGGAUGGCUUGACCAGGCACACGUGACGGGACGAUGACGUACGGCUUUGGUGAAGUUGGGGAGACGGGUGUGUGUGGAGAGGCAAGGGGCAAGUUGAGCGGGAGUCACACUGGGAGACACACACGAGGACGGCGUGCCGUACGGCUGUGCUUUUUUUUACACAGCCGCCUUGCUGGAGUGACCGGUUCGAAUCCAGGGCGUGUGAGUGUCGUUUCGGAAGUGAAUAUCAUUGAACGGUGGUACGACGGUGCGUGAUCAGUGUUGUGGCGUGCGCAGCAGGACGGUUGCAGUGUUUACUCGGUGUGCUAACUUAGUAGAGAGUUGCAUUGGGUCAGUGUGCUUUGCUGGUUCAGAACAGUUGGACAGCCGGGAGAGCGGGGAGUUCCCGAAUAAACGCUGGUGAAAGGACUUGUGUGUUGUCGUACAUGCCGGCUUUGCUAAAGGGCCUUUUCCUUUUUCCGCCCUGGUUGGGUUGGGGGCCUGCUCAACCCCUCUGGGCGCUGUUUACAACGCUGUGCAUGCCUUGCUGACGGCCCCGAAUAGAAGUUAUUAAGCGAGCGAAGGGCAUGGCAGGGACAGCCCGAUCUAUUGCGCACGCGAUUUGAGCAUGAGUGAUGGCGACCGCGGCGGAAGCUGUAGGGCGGGACGAGGGGCGCCCCUGGCUCCUCGGGCACCGCAUGCGCUCCUCAGUUGGUUCUGUUGCGGCAGCGGUUGCGUUGGGUGCUGUUGGUUCUUAUGCGGCCGUUGUGGGUUGUAUUGUCGGGUUGGGGUUUUGCACGCGUACAUUGCGUAUACUGCGUGUGUGCCUGGUGCGAGGUGUUUCUUAGGGCCGCUGCCGAGAAGAGUGUGCUGACCCUUUUCGACGUUCGUCUAUCGGUACUCGUGUGAACCGCUCACAAGCUAUAAACACUUACGUUUUGUAGAGCUCCUCGGAGCACAAGAGCGGUGAUCCCUCAAGAGGUUGUGCACCUAUUGUACGGCAUUGCAAAUAAACCCAACACCUUUCACAACAGAAUUAUCGCAAGGCCGAGCGUAGCAGCUCUUCAAUCCUUUGGCUUUACGUGGAGUCGUCCUUUUGCCUUUCUUUGAGUUUUUGACUUGUGGAUCUGCAGCGGGACUUAAACGCUGCAUUACGAAAUACAGGGUGGCAACGGGUAGAGAGGAAGACGCGUGCUUGCGGACAAGUAGAAGAACGUGUGGUCAGUCUGUACGGUAGUACUCGACGUUUACGGCGUUUCUCAGCGGCUUUGUGUCCCCGGGCCGCUUUCCCCUCGGCGCCUGGCGCUCCCGGCAAUUUCUCAUGUGCCUUGCUUGCUGAGUCUUGUGCCGGAUCCUUUAUCGUACUGCGAGUUGUCGUACGCGCGCGGCAAGCGCUGUUCCGUACAUGUGAUCCCAGCUGCUUGCCAAAGGUGCCUUACCGGAGUGGUUAAUUAAUUAGGCAAGAGUGCUUUCCCACUGCUGCUCUCAUGAUGAAAGGGGUUUAGCAAGAUGGGUUUGAGCCCUUGGCGGUUGUUUCUAACCCUUGGGGUCGUCCGGGAGAAGAAGCGACUAAGACCUGAGUUUGUGGGAAGAUCUCGACGAUAACAUGAGGGCGUGAAGACUGAAGAGCAGAGGCCUACCGUGUGUUUCGGUCACAUCCCGAGUGAGGGUGCGGCAGUUGUCACGUUAUCCCACCAGGAUUGUUUCGUGGCCUGCUUGGUCCCCACAGCGGGUGUUCAUUUGUUGCCAGAAAGCAGGGUAGGAAACGGAGGUAUGAGGUGUGGAAUGCCGCUGGGGGAGGCCUAUGCGGGUAUGUCGUUGCUUGAGUACAGCCCACGGCAGCGGCUUGUCAUGUUCGCAAGGGUUCCGGGAAGGUUUUUGGCACGAGGUCAGGAAGACGCCCACGAGGCUGUCAGAAGAGAACGGUGCCAUCGGGCGUGCUGGUUUACUCGGGGAGAUCAUCUAUGGCUAGCAACGUCAGCACCUAGGCAAUAAUGCUUCCUAUCUAGCCUAAACCACAGCAGCUCUUUAGUGCGCAGUCAUUGAGGCGUGUAUCUGCCUAGUAGAAGUUGCUAGCCGAUUAGUCCGGGAGGGAGCUUUCAGGAGCGGAUACAGCGCCAACGGUUUAUACACAUUAACAGGAAUACAUAUCGUAAAACAGAACAAUUAUUGUGCAGUAUUGGGGAAGAUUGUAUGCUAGGUGGUUGGGGCUUAUGUAAUUCAAAGGCAUUCAUUACGGGAGGCCCUACUUUACAUACCGUUUUCCUUUGUCGGGGCUACGACAAAGAAAGCUGCGCAAAGGUGUCAGGUCGCUUGAACAACUUGAGCUGCGAAUUAUUACAAGGGCUUUUGCGUUUAUCGGCUUCUUUCAUACGUACCGCAGGGUAAAUCCAGCUGUGCGUUGACAAGCUGAAGGGUUACCAACUGUUUGAGGGACUUAGCCAUCGCGACGUAGCAAUAUGCAGACGAUGGUUGUCUUACACACUGCUCGUCAGGAAAUCCAAAGGCGUACGUUUUCACCCCAGGAGAAAAUGGCCGACGCCAUCUCCAUUCUCUUAAAGGCCUCAGGCUUGGAGGCCAGCCUCGACUCUUGCCACAUCACGACUGCUGACUUCGGCGACGUCGUCCGUGUAACGCCAAGCCGCUUGUUAGGAACCCGGGCCCUUGACGUGGAGGUUAAAGCUUGUGCUGUGACACGGCUGCAAGCAGAUGUGUCUGCUUUGCGGGCAGAGUUCAUUGCCUUCAAGGAGGAUACGCGCCAGAUACGGGGAGCAAUUGUCGCAAUCGCAAACUCCGUGCUGCGGUCCACCGCAGCUCAGGUGCUGGAGUUAGCGUUUGGGUUCUUGGAGUUGGAGUCUCUGCCGUCCGACAACCCCGUGGUUGUCACGCUGGCAAGCAUGGCCUCCAAGCAGCCGGCCGAGUUCCAGCGGCUGGCAGGUAACCUCAUCACUCGACGCAACAACGACGCAGCGCACCUGACCGCCUUGGAGGCGCUGGACAGCGAGGUGAAGAAGUGCCAGGAGCUGAUCGCGAUGCCGGAGAUAAAGCAGCAGUACAAGUGGGAGGUGUGGGUAAUCGAAAACUACAACGCCAUCAAGAAGGCCUUCCCUGCGCAGUUCGGGGAAAAAGCUUAACUUGGCUCAAGCAUCGCGCAAGAAGAGAUGCAGAUAUGAACGUUUCUUGGAUAUUGCGAGGGUCUACACUCCCUGUUUCAGUCCUCCUAGGGACAAGGUUUGGUACAUACUGCACCGGUACCGGGGAGUUUUCCAGGAUGAGGUGUUUUGUUUGGGAGGAAUGUGUUUCAGUGUCCAGAGCCAAAGUUUUGGACUCGGGGUUUUCGGGUCUCCUCCUUUCGGGGCCUUUUGUUUCAUUCACAUAGGUUGCUGGUUCGCUAUCAACUUUCAGGGGUGGUGGUGUCGUUCCUUUCCUGGCCAGGUGGUCAGGGUGACAGGUGGUCAGGGUGGUGCGGGAACAUCAUGCAGG